AUUGAUUAUAGUAACACAGAAUUUUGUAUGGCAAGACCUUGAAUCAUAUGACAGUCUGCCCAUUGUAGAGGAAAGAUUUUUCAGUCGAUAAAAAUGGCUGUGAAAAUGGUCGGUUUCUGGUGUUUCCUUGUCCUCUGUAUAGUCGGCUCUAAUGCCGCUGGGGAAUUCGACGUGAUUCACAGCCCAAAAUCGCUAAGUUUCUUCGGAUCCAGUAAGAUACCCGAAAGUCUGUUGAAAGAAGUGUUUUCCGCUGCAUUAGGACUAUCAGUGGAAGAGGGUACUGAAUGGGAUGGCAUGACCAUUCUUGAUCCAUUUGCCUUACCUGAAGCUGUAGUAGAAGUGUAUGUGGAUGGUGUCCCCAGCCUUGGUGAGACUGUGGGGCUUAAAUCUUAUGCCUUCCCGUUGACUGUGGAUGAAUAUGAACCUGAUACUUUUGAAGUAGUUCAGCACAGGAUUCAGCAGCGCUUUAGCAAUGGACGCAGCCGGCUUCUCAAAAUCAAGCUUACUGAUGUGAACCAGUUGUCAUCAGGGGUGUUUGCAGACAUUAAAGUGCCCAAGGUUUCUAAGCUGACCCUGAGCCACUUGAAACACUCAGUGGAAGAAGAUAGUGCUUUCCUUAAUGAGCUUGCUGCGUUGAAAGCCAUCACUGAAAAGGUUAAUUCUGGUAUUGUCUCUGGUGACAACAUCGUCGAUUUUUACAACUUCCGCUUCCAAUCACUCCACCCCUUGUCUGACUUCCACGGCCCCAACUCUUUACAAGUCAAGGAAGCUAAGAAGCUUUUAGCCGCUGCAAUCUCCGAGCUGAGCGAUGCGUUCGACAAGGCCUACGACGGCGCCGUGCUAGUGGCGGCCGUGGCCACCGACGUCGCGCACACGCGCCGCACCGUGCGCGCCGCGCCCAACGCGCCCGCGCAGCAGGCGCGCAUGCUGAGCACGGAAGACAGCUACUCCGAAGACUAUUCCGCCAUCUUCAACAUCAUCCUGUGGUUCGGGCUUGUGUUCGCGUUCGCGCUGGUGGCCAUCGUGUACGCCAUCAUGGACAUGGACCCCGGCAGGGACUCCAUCAUCUACCGCAUGACCAGCACUAGGAUGAAGAAGGAUAACUAGAUCCUUGUUACAUAUAAUAUCUUGUUCUUAGUUCGUGCAUUGUGAACUUACUCACAUUUUAACCGCAUUUGAAAAUUCACAUUUAAUUUAAAGCGCUUAGAUGGCGCGCCUAAAGUCAGGGCGGUUAAAAGAUAAUGAAAUUACCACACCUCAUGUUACCAAACUUAUGUUGGGUAUACAGGUUUACAACAAUAAAAUGGGUUAAGUUCCUGUCAACUCACUUGAUCCUUGUCUGAAAUAUCCCUGUUUCUUAUUAAAUAAUUGUUAUUUGUACAAAAUAAGUAUAACAUAGAGUUAUAUUAGAGUUAAAAGUAAAAACUUAAAGGAAUUUUAUUUAUUUGCGAAUAGUUGUAAAUAUGAAUCCUAAUUGUUUUCAGUGCUGUAUUUAUUGGACUUUGACGGUGUAUUUGUCGUAUUAUGUUCCGUAAAACCUUUUAUUUUGACAGUAUUAAAUUUAAACAUAAUACUUAAUUGUUGCUGCGUUUGUCCUUGUUCGUUAGAUAAAUAUGUACAUUCCUCCUAAA